AAUCCAUUGCUAUCAAUGCAACUCGAUGUUGCUCAACAAUUGCGGCCAGGCUGAGGAGAGUGAUUUGAUUGACUGCAGUAACGUUUCACCUCCUCGCCAACUUAGGCAACAUUUCAAAGUUGGCAGUGCCACAGGCUGCAUGCAACAGACUGCGGAAAUCCAUUUCGUUUCAGAGCCCAGUUUUCAGGUAACUGAGCGAUCCUGUUAUUUUGGCAAUGUGAGCAACAAGGAAGGAUGCCAGUUGUUUACAACCCUGGACGAGGCCAAGAUAUUGACUUGCGAUAUCUGUACCAAGGAUGGCUGCAAUGGCUCCGCCUCAGUGGUUCCCUUUGCUGGUGUAAUAAUCGUGUUUUUAGGUGUGGCUCGUUGGUUAGUUUAAGAAUUGCAUUGAAUUAAAGAAAUCUUUCUACAUUGUUGUGGCUCAAUUUAAAAUCUUGAUUUAUACUAUUUAAAUGGAAACACUCAUUAAAGUAGCUAAAGUGCCAAAUUGAUAAGCAAUUUCU